CAACAAAAUAACCCACACUAAUAAUCAGCUGUCUCUGAUAAUGGGCGUGGCUUGUGUCUCGUGACACAAGGAAAUAAAAGUGCCAGGCGGUGGUUGUUUAUCUCACUUCGGAAACUGACGGAAGCCCUCCAAAGGAAAGGAACCAUGGACGUCCGGGCUCGUUUUUUCGUGCUGCUUUGCUUGAUCGGACUCACCUGUGCCGAGCCAGUGAAAUUCAUCGACUGCGGUUCCUCUUCUGGCAAAGUUUCCAUAGUGGACAUUACCCCAUGUGCCAGUCAGCCAUGUCGGCUAGAACGAGGACAGUCCUACAGUGUCAACGUGACGUUUGACAGUGCUGUUCAGAGCCAAUCGAGCACAGCCGUGGUUCACGGCAUCGUUGCUGGAGUUCCCAUCCCCUUCCCCAUCCCCAUAGAAGAUGGCUGCAAGUCUGGUAUCCAGUGUCCCAUCCAGAAGCAGCAGCAGUAUCACUAUCUGAACUCUCUUCCUGUGAAGUCGGAGUACCCUGCCAUAAAGCUGGUCGUGGAGUGGGAACUGAGAGAUGACAACAAGAAAGACCUGUUCUGCAUCCGGUUCCCAGUUCAGAUUGUAAACUGAGUUGGCCAAAGUACUUUUGAUACUUUUUUUUUUUUUUUUUUUUUUAAAAGGGAUUCAGCUAUGAGUAAAGAAAUAUGUGUUUCCAGUUCAGAUUUUAUUUUAUUCCUUCAUCAAAUGUCUUUCACUGGUUUGUUGGAACUUGCACAUUUUGACUGCUGAAAUAAAAUGCUAAACUCUGCAGUAACCUUCAUAAGUUUGUUUUAAGCGAGAUGGAUGUGACUAGUUUGUAUUUGUCAAUGACCCUGAAUCACUUCCACCACUGCAGCGCAAUUGUCUUACGGUCUGCUCUGUAGUUAGAAAAAUUGCAUUCUGUAUUUUCAAAAAAACUUUAUUUUUUUUUCUUACUGACUGUACUAAUAGACCUGUUUAAUUGGAGAUUGUAAAUUUAGAAUAAAAACACAUGAAUGUGG